AGGGGCGGGUUCCCGAUUUUUUUUUGACAGUACAUAAGCAGGUGGAAUGAACAUUUUAGGUAAAUGUUUCGGUGGGUUCAUUGAGGUAUAAUAAGAACGGGUAGGUUACCGGGAGUUUAGUGCAUAUUAUCCUGCAUGUGAAUUGAUGGUAAAUCGGGGCAUUAGUUGUGAUAUGUCAGGCAGUCGUCGAAUGAGGUAUCAUCUGAUGCCUACAGUGAGAUAGCGCACGAUGUAGGCUAAAGCUAGUAUACCAAUAUAAUUGUGUUUCAUAAGGGAAUUGAGUUGUCCAGAUUGUCUGUAGCCUAUUUGGUUUAGACAUUUUACUCGUGCGCCUAUUAUAUAUUUCCUGCUAUAGGCUUUGUUCAUAAUAUUCAGUAUUAUCCUACUGAUUUAUUCUAUUACAAAUGUUCUCGUCACAUUUAGCCUAUUGAUUAAGCUGAAACUUCGACUGUUAUCUGUUCGUAAGUGGCAUAGUAGCCCAUGACUUAAUUGAAAUUGUUGGUGAGAGUCAAGACUAUUACUCUUUUACAAUGGGAGUGGGGUCCGAAAAGACAUCAUCUACCACCAAGGGAGUCUACAAAGAGGAGACUGAUAUUGCUUUGAAAGCACCUUUAAACGUGAAUGCUAUGUUAUCAAAGAAAGUGGGGCACGCGACAGCAGAAAGAGCCACCUGGGGUCGCCGCCUUGAGUUCGUCCUCGCGUCAGUGGGGUACGCGGUGGGACUUGGGAACGUGUGGCGCUUUCCAUACCUCUGCUACAGGAGCGGUGGAGGUGCCUUUCUCAUUCCUUACUUUCUCAUGCUGUUUCUGUGUGGCAUCCCCCUUCUCUUCAUGGAGUUUGCUAUUGGGCAGUACACCCGUCUGGGACCGGUGCAUGCUCUAGCCACAAUCUGCCCCUUGUUCAAAGGUGUGGGCAUUGCCACAGUCGUGAUCUCCUUUGUGCUCUGCACCUACUACAACGUUCUUAUGAGCUGGGCACUCUACUACUUCUUCAACUCAUUCCGAGCCAUCUUCCCCUGGCAGUCCUGCAACAACACCUGGAAUGCCGUGGGUAACUGCUCCAGCGGUUUCCCUGGAAACGCCACCCACCUGCAAUCAGCCAGUCAGCAGUACUUUGAUCACAGGGUUCUGGAGAUAACCAAUGGUAUUGAGGAUGCAGGAGGACUACGCUGGGAGCUGUUUGGCAUCCUCAUCCUGGCCUGGGUCAUAGUCUACUUGUGCAUCUUCAAAGGCGUCAAAUCCACUGGCAAGGUUGUUUAUUUCACAGCCACGUUCCCAUACUUUAUUCUGUUUGCCUUGCUCAUCAACAAUGUCCAGCUUCCUGGGGCCAAGGAUGGGAUGCUCUACUUCCUGAAGCCUAAGUGGAGCAAGCUGCUUGAAGUUCAGGUGUGGGUUAACGCUGCAGCCCAGGUAUUCAACUCCAUUGGAAUUGGAUUUGGCUCCAUGAUCUCCAUGGCCAGUUACAACAAGUUCAACAAUAACAUCCUUAGGGACACAUUGAUUGUCUCUUUAGCUAACUCGGCCACCAGUAUCCUGGCUGGCUUUGUGAUAUUCUCAGCAAUCGGCUACAUGGCUCAUGUGCACAACCUCCCAGUGGACAACAUCGCCACAGAUGGUCCUGGCUUGGUGUUUGUGGUGUAUCCAGAGGUCUUCUCCACUAUGCCUCUGCCACAGUUGUGGGCUCCUCUGUUCUUCUUCAUGCUUCUCUGCCUGGGACUGGACAGCCAGUUUGCCAUGGUGGAGGUGGCGGUGACGUCCAUAAUAGAUGGCUUCGGCCCUAAGGUUCUGCGUGUCCUGAAGAGACAGGAGGUCAUCGUUCUGGCCGUCUGUGUUAUGGGCUUUCUUCUAGGCAUUCCUCACAUCACUAAGGGGGGCAUGUAUGUGUUCCAGCUGAUGGACCACUACACUGCUGUGGUGUCGCUCAUGUUCCUGUCCUUCUUUGAAGUCAUCGCUGUCUGCUGGGUUUUUGGACUGCGUCGGAUGACCAUCAUGAUCAAGAGAAUGUUGGGAAAGGCUCCCAACAUCUAUUUCCGCUCCUGCUGGAUGGUCUUCUCCCCUGUGCUGGUCUUGUGCAUUCUGAUCUCCAGCAUCAUCCAGUACACGCCAGCUCGCUAUGGGAAGUCAUACACAUACCCUGUCUGGGCAGAGGUGGUGGGCUGGGGAAUCUCCCUGGUCUCCAUCGUGUGGAUCCCUCUGGGAGCCCUGCAAGAGAUCUGCAGAAAUAAGGGCUCACUGCUGCAGAGAAUAAAAACAGCUGUGACUCCUACAAUAGAGUUGGAUCCUGUCAACCAUCUGCCAGAGGAGCAGAGCGAAGACACACCGGAGUCUGUUUUCUUGUCUAUCAUCACUCCUCUGUAACCACAGCCAGUAUGUCUAAGUGCUUGCGUGCGUGAGUCAGUGUGACUGUGAGUGCUCUAUUGGUAUGGGGAGGGGUGGGUUGCUAGGUAGUUUACAGAUUAUGUAAAUAGCAUAUUUACGUAUUUUACCCUUGUCCCUCUGGUAAUCUCUUCAACCAACACCUCUCCCCCUGGACAUAACAUAUUUUGUCUCCCAAUUUGAUUUUGAAUUCCAUGACCUCAAUGGUCCAUGGCUGAGUAAUAGAUCUUUGGCUGAGUAACUCUUUGAACCAACAUUGCCAUCUUGUGACUGUUUCAAAGUUUUUAUUCACACCGUGAGGUUCAUUUGAGGCUCAUGUGAAUAGUGAACUCAGCGAUUGACUGAACAACCACCAGGCUGGUCUAAUAUAGGAACAUGCAUAUGAUAUUUAUUCCUCUCCUAGAAAGAUAAUAUGCAAUUAGAUGUAUGGCGGUGAUAUGGUGUGCCUUUUACUGAUAACUGUAAGGAGGGGAACCACUGCAGUGUUGCCAUGACCAGUAGUGUAAAGUUCUUAAGUAAAAAAUACUUAUGUUGUUUUUUGGGUAUCUGUGCUUUGCGUUACUUUGACAACUUUUUCUUUUACUUCACUACAUUCCUAAAGAAAAUGAUGUAUUUUUUACUCCAUACAUUUUCCCUGACACCCAAAAGUUCUCGUUACAUUUUGAAUACAGUACAUAGCAGGACAGGAAAAUGGUCUAGUUCCCACACUUAUCAAGAGAACAUCCCUGGUCAUCGUUACUGCAUGCCCCUGGCUAUCCAUAAAUUAAAAAUAAAAUAAAUAAAUUGGUGCCAUCUGGUUUGCUUAAUAUAAGGAUUUUUUUAUUAUUUAUACUUUUUCUUUAAAUUGUGAUACUUAAGUAUAUUUUAACAAUUACAUUUACUUUUGAUACUUAAGUAUGUUUUAAACCAAACACUUUUAGAUGUUUACUCAAGUAGGAUUUCACCAGGUGACUUUUCCUUGAGUCAUUUUCUAUUAAGGUAUCUUUACUUUUACUCAAGUAUGACAAUUGCGUGCCUUUUCCACCAGUGGCCAUGACAUCUGAUUAGUGGGAAAAGUCCAGGGUUCUGUCAUUAUUCAUCUGCUUUAUUACACUUUAUUACACAUGGUAUCAUUCAAGUCUUAAGGGUUCUGGUUGAAGUUUUCUGUCAUAUGUCAUGUUUGUUUGCAACAAUGACAAUUGGAGCUCAGCAUUACCAGGAGUGCCUUUUGUCAUUAAAAGAUUCAUAUACGACUGAAUUUACAAUGGGGUGUCUUUUGAGGAGUCACAGAAAUAUAUAGAUGGGUGGGUUGUUUUGCAACAAAACCAAUGCAUGCGCAACUGUGGAGCAAAACAGUCAGGUUGACUUAGAAUCAAAGGACUGUUGACAACAUGUAACUAUAUUUCCUCUCCAAAUCUUUAUUGAAAACAUAAAUACAUUUGCACAAUGAGCACUUGUUGUCUCUCAAAUACAUUGUUACAUUUGUAAUUUUAGCCAUAUUAGCAUAGAUGUGACAAGAGUAAAACAAGACAUGGUAUCAAUACACAAUGAUCUAAAAUGAGCUUCUUGUCAUUGUUAUUUUACCUUUAUUUAACCAGGCAAGUCAGUUAAGAACAAAUUCUUAUUUUCAAUGAUGGCCUAGGAAUAGUGGGUUAACUGCCUGUUCAGGGGCAGAACGACAGAUUUGUACCUUGUCAGCUCAGGGGUUUGAACUUGCAACCUUCUGGUUACUAGUCCAAUGCUCUAAACACUAGGCUACCCUGCCACCCCUAUCUUUCUGACCGUCCAGAAUCAUAACAACACACAGACUUCUGCCCCAUCGACACGGGUGCGUAAUUUGUGACGUUGUCAGCUAACCCAUCUAUAAGAUCAAUUUUGUAUAGUAACUAAGUGUAGAUAACUUUGUCACUGGCCUUGUGCCCUGUAUAAAAAAAAAUCACUUUUUUGCAUGACCAAUAUUUGAUGAAGAUAUCCCCCAAAAAUAUCAUAGAGAAUAUCACCAAACCAGGUUGAGUAUAAUUUACAAACACACAAAAUAUAUAUUUUAGGGGUGUGUUUACUCUCUUUUGAUAUAAAACAAGAUCCUAUUCACAUUUAGUGAGCUAUUAAGAGUGUAUUUUGUGCCUGUUUGUUUGACAAACAGCAUUUUGUUUUCACAAAUUACAAUUAGUAAAUUAUGUUUAUGAUGACAAGCAUAUUUUUCUACAAUUACACAAACCACAAUAGCAGAUGAAAAAGAUAAUCAUGGCUCUGAUCAUGCCUUAUACAAUUUUGUUAAACUAUAACAAGUUGUAUGGUUUGUUUUAUCAUUUUGAAUAUGCUGUAAAAAAUAUGAACAUGUCACAUUGCUUCUCUGUUGCCCUAGCAAUGGGAGGAUGGCUCUCAUGUAACAUGUUAACACUCAAUGCAAAUUAUUUUAGCCUCUGUAGAAUUUUACACAACAGUGGUGAACAGUACUCUUAGUAGUCUGGUAUUGUUACAGGCUUUGUUUUUUCCAUUUAUGUUUUGAGGUUGGACUUAAGCACGUAGGGCGUGUCAAUUGGUGUCACCUCAUUAGUCAGUAUGUGUUGCACCUGUGCUGGUUGCCAUCUUGUUAUUGGGAAGGUGUUUCACCUGUGCUGUCCCAGGUGCUAUAUAAGAGUGGGUGGCUCAGUGCACCAGUGGUCUUGAAAGAGGUAAAGGUUUAACACCUCUAAUUUGGGCUCCUUAGUUGAGGUCGAGACAAACAAUACUUUAUCUGAUCUUACCUGCGUCCUGUCUUUAAGUUUGGUGUUGGUUUUUUUCUUAGGCAAAUUUAGUGGGCACUCAUGGUGGAUGUCUUUUAGGUUCCAGUUGUUGCUAGUCAACUUUCAGUGGACACCCCCAUGAGUUUCUUUCAUAUCUGACUCCUAAAAUCCAGCAUCAUCCAUUUUGUUUUGAUUGUAGUCAGUGACUCUUUGUUAGUUCCCUUUCUCUUUGAGCAACAUUGUUUUUCUUGCUGGGGAAAGUAACACAGAGGGGGCUCAUCCGGGAUCUUGUUUCCUAUGAGUAUGGUAAUCGCUUUAGUCACCUACUCUGAAGCUCUGCUGUGCCCAGACAUUUGAGUGUUCAAAAUACACAUUUGUGGUAGAGUUGUCUGUCACUGACAUCCACCUGAUGAUAAAGUUGCAUGAACACACAGGCUUAUAAAAUUAAAGCUAUUGACUUUAAGUUGGAAGCAUUUUUGGAAAACACUACAUGGGAGAUGCUAAAUAAAUGUACGAAUGAGAAUCUGCUCAUCAUUGUAACGGUUUCUUCCAUUGAAGGAGAGGACCAAAGCGCAGCGUGGUUAGUGUUCAUCUUAUUUAAUAAUAAUCCAAACUGAACACUUCAAAUUACAAACCGACAAAUGUGAAAACAGUCCUAUCUGGUGCAUAGAGACAGAAGACAACCACCCACAAAACAGGCUACCUAAAUAUGGUUCCCAAUUAGAGACAAUGACUAACACCUGCCUCUGAUUGAAAACCAUAUCAGGCCAAACAUAGAAAUAGACAAACUAGACAUACAACAUAGAAUGCCCACCCAGCUCACGUCCUGACCAACACUUAAACAAAGAAAACACAAAAGACCUAUGGUCAGAACGUGACAGUACCGCCCCCCCCCUCCCAAGGUGCGGACUCCGCAAAACCUGAACCUAUAGGGGAGGGUCUGGGCGGGCACCUGUCCGCAGUGGCGGCUCUGGCGCAGGACGUGGACCCCACUCCACCAUAGUCUUUGUCCGCUUUAGUGUCCUCCUAGGAACGGUGACCCUCGCCGCCAACCUAGGACUGGCAACCCUACUAAAGGGCCCCACUCCACUAAACAAACUCCUCCAGACUGAGAGGCAGCUCCGGACUGAGGGGUAGCUCAGGACUGAGGGGCAGCUCAGGACCAAAAGAAUGUGGAUACCUUCUCAUUGAACUCAUUACAAAUUGUUGGGCGAAUGCUCCACGUUUUUGGUUUGAGUCCUGUCUUUAAGUUUGAUGUGGGUUUUUCUUUUAGUUUGCCUCUUCUUGGGCAAAUUUAGUGGGCACUGAUGGUGGGUGUCUUUUAGGUUCCAGUUGUUGCUAGUCAACUCUCAAUGGACAACCCCAUGAGUGUCUUUCAGAAACGACUUCUGAAAUCCCACCUGUUUCGUUUUGAUUGUUGUCAGUGACUCUUUGUAAGUCCCCCCUUCUGUUUGAGUGACAUUAUUUGGUUUUCUUUCUGGGGAUUGUAAAAGUAUACUUUCUCUCUGGUGGUUUCCUUUUAUAGAUAAGGAUUUCACCUGAAUUCUAUGUUCCUUAUACUCUAGCAAUGGUGUCGCAUCAGAGAUUAGUAGACAUAAUAUUGACAUUUUUUUGAAUCUUUGUUAUUUUGUCAUCUUAAAAUAUUGUAGUUUUAGGUUACUGCUGCUUAUUCUUUUUAAUUGUUCUCAUGUACCUUACAUUUAGACCAUAUAUUUACAUUUAUUUUACAAUUUAGUUGUUUUUGUAUCAAGCUAAAUGGUUUAUUGAAUAACAAACACUAUUUCUGCAUUAACUCUGGGUGAUGCCUUUUCAUCUAAUGGUAUAAAUGUUUAUGCUCAUUAUGCUUUUGAGACAGUUGCUGUCUCUCCUUUUGAAAUUUUACACAAGUUUGAUUUGUUUCUUUCUUACUGUCUUAAAAAAAUCUGAAACGUGUUUAUUGCACAGUGGUAUGUGUCAAUAAAGAACAUUAUUGCCAAAUAG